UUGUUGAUCAAAGAGUUUACGAACUGACAGCUAGGAGGGAAGGAUUUAUUAUUAAAGUACGAGUCCCCGUGCCUGUUGGAAAAAUUACGUAACGUAACAAAUUGAUAUCUUAUAUUGGAAAUAGCAAAAGCAUUAAACUGUUUUAUUUUGUCGUCCGAAUGUUUCAGUUGUUCAAACAUGUCAUCGCCGUGCCGUGCCAUCAUAUACAUACCUACCUACCUGGAUGGAAAUGCAACCCACCUGUGAACGACCUGAUUGAGCUCAAUCAAACAUCUGCAUUGGCAAAGAAUCAUUCGUCUUGCCUGUCAUCUUCGCUUUCGGAGGAGCACAGCCAGCGAUCUGGAUUGAUACAGGUGAAAAUCGUUGCUACGCCUCAUGCUAGCCGGCGUCGUCCUCGUCAGUGAGUCUGAGCAUCCCUACUGCUGCCGCUACCCUGCUGGCUGUGGGGUUCGGCUCACUGCUGACUCGGGUUGGGUGGUGAUGACGUUCUUCUCUUUGCCGAACGAACGGCUCCCGUCGUCACUUGGUCGGGUGAGUGAGCUCAGUACCUGCUACGUUCAGCAGGGACUGAUGGAUAAUGAGUAACAAGUGUUGCGUGAGCUACGCCGAGAAACAACCAGAGCGAGAGCCGACCGACCGUCGUCGGACCGUCCGUCCGUCCGUCGCGUCGGUUAGGCUUCGUAGGCUGACUGUGAACAUAAACAACGGUUACGCGAUGCGGCCACCCGUCCUGGGCGCGCGUACGAGCAUAUUUUUGUUUGUUUUUCCUUAUGUUCAGCAUGCUGUGAAGAGAGCGUUAACAGUGGUCGGGAGAGAAAAACUAGGGCAGUUGAGAGCGGAGCCUAGCAUGAGAAUGAGUGCGCCCGCUGUUGGUCCGACCGACGGAGACUAAUUCUGAAUACGCAUGAUCGCUCCGUGCAGUGAUUGGCUGUUCGUUAUCUGUUGAAAAUGAGAAUGAUACUCAGGGUCUCAGGGAGGGGAAAUUCGCUGCAGGUUGGGUAGCGUUAGCAAACGUUUGCAUGUGGAACAUGAUCGGAACGUUUGAAGAGGAUGCUAAUCGGGGAGAGUGUUUUGAUUGUGGCCAGCGAGAGUGAGUUCCUGUUUGAAAAACGUUCGGUAGAAAUCAGAAAACGUGAGAUUGAGAGAACGACGGAAAACUCGACCGACCAAUCCGACCGUUCCUGUGUUGCGGCGGUUUGGUUAGUUUGAUUUCUUGUCUACGUGAAAUGUGACGUAAGAUUAUCCGUCGUGUCUGUGCUAGGCUUUCGCUCCGUACAAGCUUAGUGUCAUUGAUAUCGGAGUACGCGAAAUACCGUGAAACCUUAGGUGCGGAAUAUAGGUGAAUCGAAUCGGGCGGGAUUCUGGUCCAACAAGAUUGUGGUUGUCAUUGAGUAUGUAAAUUGAAGCCCGUUGUUGGAGCUUCCAUGGGCAGCAAAAACUAGAACGGUCGAAAAUUCCCGAAAAAGGACUCGUUCGAAGAGAAAAAGUGCAUUUGAGAAGAGUCCUAACGAGGCGAACCGAGGCUUCUUUUUUUGUGCGCGUUCGAAUCCGGUAGUGAAAACUCAUAACAACGUGUCAGAAUAGUGAAUUUUCCCUGCCGGCUAGUGUGACUUCUAAAUACCGUCUAGUCGAAAAGAAAAAAAAAAGCAAAAAAAGAUUACCCAAUCGGUGUCCGGUUGUAAAUCCAUUUUAUUACGGUUGAUCGGCGAUUGGGUGAAGUCAGGGGGGUCAGUCGCUGUUGUCGUUGUUGGGUGUUGUGUGCGGGGCCCACCCCUGAAAAAGUAAACAAAGUUGAUCAACGGCAAGCGGCAACUGAGUUGCACACAUACGUUUGGAGGACGCCAUAAUGAUUGCAUUUUCUGCGAAAGGAAAACGCCUCCCACCGGUGGUAUCGAGGGUGUGAAAUCCCUGUGUGGAAGUGAUUAACAUCCGACAGAAUCUGCCCUGCUUAUGCAGGAGCGCUGGUGAAAGUGUGUAUACGUGCAAGCCCGGCCACGGAGCGAAACGGUGGGACCACUCCGGGAAGUGAUAAUUAUGUUGAUUGCAUAAAAAGUGUGCCCCGGUGAAACCGGGCGUUGUACAAGCGGGAAGAAGAUGUCAUGCGUCGGUUCGUGAGAAAUAAUAUUUAUCGAAGGCUUACACCUGAUGAAUAAAUAAUUACAUUUUAAUUAACAAUAUUGUGAAUUAUUUUUACGGAUUCAGUAAUUUCCUGACGCGGCCCGACGUGUAUUCGUAUGAAAAUUUAUGCAUCGCCGGAUUUUCCAGCCAAUAAACGAGCUUUGUUGCCUCAUCGCCGCAGAACAGGAAACUAAUUUUCCAGCUGCGAGAAAAACAAACCAAUUAAGCAGCGUUAGUGAUGAAUGUUUGAGCUUUGGCUUAGAAGCCCGUGUCCACUGAUUGGGACGACUAAAUUGUGCGUUUACAGUGCCGCCGCGCGGUAAACUGGCAAUCAAAUUUUGGCUCCGCAAACAGUGAGAGUAGUGAAAAAUACAUGAUUAUCAUAAUUAAUGUGGAAAAUGUGCAGUGAAAAUUCCACCUAAAUUAUUGAUGACCCACGAGGUUUGAUGCCAAUUGCUGUCUCACGAUCCGGAAAUCACCAACCCGGAACUGUACUGAUCGACAGUUUCACAUUAUUGUAUGUAGCGCUUGGUCCGGUAAUUUCUGUGGGAAAACGAUUCCAAACAGGUCCCGCCUGUUGCUCCUGUAUACAAGUGCGAUCAUCUGAACGGGGUGAUUGAUUAAUAUACGUGUGUAUUCAAAAUAGUAAAAAAAAGAAGUAGACCCAAGCGAAAACGAAUUGAGUGAAAAUUUGUAUCUACAAAGGGUCCCUACUGUUGCAGUUCGCGUGGUGGGGAAGGUGCCAGCAGCAGUGAAUGUAAAUGUGAAAUCCGCUGGUUUAAUCAAAUUAAAAUUAAUUAAUUGUGUGAAUAUAUCUGUAAGUAAGUGUUUGUUGCAAUUUGCAGAAAUAUACACCGAAUUGCAACACCCAGUGAAGCAGAAGAAAAUGAAGCAGCCUGAAAAAAGCCUGAAAGGCGGUGUUUUUGCCCGAUAAAAAGUGCUCCCCGGUCGCCGGUGUGCAUAUUCGUUUGAUUCGGAUCAAGUUGGCAAGUCCGCUUUUAAUUGAUUCCGGUGAAUCGUGGCGUAAAACAGAUAAGCCGCGACCCCACCAAUUCGAGCCGAAAUUUAUAAAAAAAAUAUUAAAUAAAUAAAAACUGCCGCAUACUCCGGGACUGCCGCCGCCGUACACCCCUGCAGCAUAUUGACUCUGUCACCUGAGUCGCGACCGUAUGCAACGAUGGAUUUCCGGACUGGAAUUGUAACAACAAUCGUUUACGCGCUAACGAUACUGACGGUGGGGGCGAUCGUAUCGGUACUGGCAGACGAAAGCCUGGACACUCGGGAAGGUGAAACGCUUACGCUUAAAUGUCGCUUCAGCGAGCAGCAACCGUCCAAUGAUUUCACCUAUUACUGGGCCCGCUGGACGACGGCCAACAAAUUCGACAACGUGGCCAUCAACAACGUGCAGCUCAAUACCAACUACAGAAUUGACUUCCGACCGAAGAAGGGCGUUUACGAUCUGCACAUUACCAACACCUCGUACAGUCGCGAUAAUGGCCGGUUUGAGUGCCGCAUCAAAGCCAGUGGCACCGGUGCCGACGUGCACCAGGAGUACUACAAUCUGACCGUACUUACUCCGCCGCAGCCCCCGCUGGUGGCACCGGGAACGAUUGCGGUUGCGACGGAAGACAAAAAGCUCGAUCUCACCUGCAGCAGUAUAGGCGGCUCACCGGAUCCGACGAUAAUGUGGUACCGCGUAGGAUCCAAUACCGCUCUGCAAGCUCCAAUCAACCGAGGCGGCUCGAAAGAUCUUCAAACGACCAGCACGCUAUCGGUACUGCCCCGCCGAGAGGACGACGGAGCCAAGUACCGGUGCGUAGUAUGGAACCGAGCUAUGCCCGAAGGACAUCGACUGGAAACGCUCGUUACGCUGUCCGUUAACUAUUAUCCCCGGGUGAAAAUUGGACCGGAAAAUCCACUGCGAGUGGAGCGUGACACGACUGCCAAGAUGGAGUGUUCCGUCGAUGCAAAACCGAAUGUUCCGAAUGUACGAUGGACGCGCAAUGGACGGUUCAUAAGUUCCUCUCGUUCGCACUCCAUUCAGCGAGUCUCCGUUCAGGAUGCCGGAGAGUACGGCUGCUCCGCCGAUAACGGUUUGGGUAAGGUAGGUGAACAGCUGAUUAUACUGGAUGUGCUGUACGCUCCGGUGGUGGUUAUCGAAUCGAAAACCUGGGAAGCGGAAGAACGGGAAACUGUCACGAUACGUUGUAACGUAACAUCCAAUCCACCGCCGAUCACGAUUGAAUGGUUCAAAGAGGGCAGUCCAGAUUUUCGAUAUGCCGGAGAUAUUCUACAGCUGCGAGAAGUGAAAGCUGAACAUGCGGGGACCUACGUUUGUCGAGCUGUCAACAUGCUUAAACCGUAUGGAGGCAAGAUGGUUGAACGCAUCGGAAACUCUACCGUUGCCUUGUUGGUUCGUCAUCGUCCGGGUCAGGCGUACAUUAAUCCGAACAAACCUGUGGUUCAUGUUGGCAACGGAGUAACUCUAACAUGUUCAGCAAAUCCCCCUGGAUGGCCUGUUCCGCAGUUCCGCUGGUUCAAAGAUGCCGUCGGAGAAGUGUCUUCAAACACAAUACUUGCCCAAGGACCGCAAUAUGUAAUACCUAGAGCUCAUCUAGGAAGUGAAGGUAGCUAUCACUGUCAUGCAGUAAAUGAAUUGGGCCAUGGACCAAUGGCCACUAUCAAGCUAGAAGUACAUCAGCCACCUCAAUUCAUUCACAAAAUCCAGCAGCACAUGACGAAACGAGUAGGGGAUACCGAUUUUUCGGCAAGUUGUCAUGCCAAGGGUAAACCAAGACCUACGGCCCGAUGGUUGAAGGAUGGUAGAGAUAUAACCGCGGAUGCUAAUAUGUACCGCAUCAGCACCAGCAACAACGACGGUCUCAGUGGAAUGGUUACCGUCCAGAGUACGCUCGUGUUCCAAGGUAAAGCACGUCCCCACAAAACCCAGCUGCUACCAAGCGAUCGCGGUUUGUAUACGUGCUUGUUCGAAAACGAAGUAAGCACUGCCAAUCUGAGCAUGCACCUUCGUAUCGAACAUGGUCCAAUUGUCCUGCACCAAUACAACAAAGUAGCCUACGAAAUCAAAGAAACCGCUGAAGUUCUGUGCCGCGUGCAAGCCUACCCUAAGCCAGAAUUCCAGUGGCACUUUGGCACAAAUACUGCCGCCCUAUCGAUGUCAUCCGAUGGGCAUUACGAAAUCAACACCACCACCGAUAACAAUGACAUCUAUACCAGCGUUCUCCGGAUCAACAACCUAAAACAUCAGGACUACGGCGACUACACCUGCCGAGUAGGCAAUUCAAUUGAAACCAUUCGUGCACCCAUUCGAUUGCAACCGAAAGGACCACCGGAGAAACCCACUAACCUUCACGCAGCGGAUGUCGGUUCGAACUACGUUUCACUCGUUUGGGACCCAGGUUUCGACGGUGGCAUUAGCAACACGAAGUUCUUCGUCUCCUAUCGAAAGGUGGCCAUUCCACAUCACGACCAGCUAAAUGGUGACUGCGGUAUCAUUCAGCAGGUGAGCUCCGAAUGGAUGGAGUUCGACUGCCAGCGUGACGUUCCCUGUAGCGUAACCCCACUCGAUCAGCAUCAAAGUUACGUAUUCAAGGUGAAAGCAUUCAACGUCAAGGGUAACUCGGAACCGUCCAACGAGAUUGCUACCACCACAAAGGUUAGCAAAGUGCCAACGCCGCUGCACGUGGGAUUCGAUCCGGAAACUAGACAACUAGGGGUGAACGUCGGAGCAACCUGUCUAUCGCUGAUCGCCAUCGUUGAAUCGAUCGGUUACCAUGACAGUCCGAUUUCUACGUGGCAAGUUGUGCAAACGAUUUCGCUUGCCGCUUCCGGAAGUAAACCUACCUACAAGGAGGAAAUACUGGACAAUAUGAUAUCGGCAAGGCGAAGUUCCGCCCGCUCGCUAGGAGACGAUGACUUACCGAUGGCUUUGGAAGAGGAAAUCCCACCGCGGGUUCGAGUUAAGCUGUGCCUUAAGUCAAACCACGAACAUUGUGGAGAGUACGUCGAUGCCGAGAUUGGUCCAGCUUACGUUCACGACUCAUCUUUCAUGGCGACGCCUACCCUGAUUGCCAUUGUGGUGUCCUGUGUGGUGUUCGCGUUGUUCGUCGGACUUCUGUUGAUGUUCUGCCGAUGCAAGAAGAACAGCUCUAAAAAAUCUUCCACAGCAAAGGACUACGAAAUGGACUCCGUGCGUCCUUCGAUUGUGGCUCAACAGAGCCAAGCACCACCACCCUACUAUCCAACAACCGGACUAGAUAAUAAGGCUUUGGAACAUUCGAUGGACCUGGCGCUGGCGAUGGAGGAUCAAAAAACCUCCGUCUACGCUACGCAGAACGGAUACGGUUAUCACUCCGGCACGAGUCAUCAAGUGCCAAGUCACACUAUCGUCGGUCAAGAAUGGGUCACGAUGGGUUACGCGGAAAACAGCUACACCAACUCGAACAACGGAGGAAGCGUCAAUUCACAGGAUUCAAUUUGGCAGUUGAAGAUGUCGGCAGCUCAGGCAGCACAAGCCGCCGCAGCCGGGGGAGGUACGCUGAUGUCGGCUCAUCAUUACGCCGAACGGCAAGCGCCGAUGCCGGCAACCAGCACGGCCGGCCUGUCGUACGGCGGGUACGAUCCGUUGGUGCAUUCCGCCUACGGCACUGUUGAAGACUAUGCCAGCUAUCCGCACCUAGCGACGACGCCUAGUCAGCAGGGACCCGACGAUGUGUAUCAGCAUGCGUCGCGUCAGAGUCAAAAUCCUUCGCGGCAGGACUACUGCGGCGAUUCCUACGCGUCUGUACAUAAGCCGAAGAAACGACUAGAUCAACCUCACCUAGAUUCAUCGUCGUAUCACGAUGUAAGCGGUCUACCGGAUCCAUACCUAGAGCACCAUCAGCUUCACUCCCCCCAGCAAGACCAGGAAGAUAGUAAUUCUCUCCUACAGCACCAGCAACAGCAGCACCAGGUGCAGCAGCAACAACAACAACAGCAACAGCAAAUGUCCCUUAACUACGACGAAAACCUGGAGAGUGGCUACUCGACGCCCAACUCCCGGAAUCGACGCGUGAUACGAGAAAUAAUUGUCUGAGAACAGCCUAGGGUGCGUUUCGCCAACGGAACGUGCCUGUGAAUCGUCUGCUCCAACUGCUAAUUCCUUCGCUACUAGAACUACUAUCAACCAAACCGAACAGUGGCAGCGCUCUAACUUGUUUUUACUAUGUAAAUAUAGUAAAUCACACAAGAAACCCCCCGCCCCCCAACCCGAACUGCUGUACUUAUAUAAUUAUAAUUACAAAAGAAAAAAGGAAGAGCAUUGGAUGCAUCUUCCAAAGUUAGGUAAAAUUAAUUAUCCUGUUAGCAAAAUGGCCAACAGAUUGGCAACGGUUGUGUGGCGAGAAUCGUUGUAGUAAGUUCGCAAAAUAAAAACACCCCGACCCUAUUUAUAGAGGCAAUGUUUGUCGAAAAUCAGCUCACGCUAUAGGACGUUUAACUGCCCGACAAAUUACUAUUAUCGCAUUGUAUUACCUGCCUCGCUUCCUUUUAUUAACAUUAAAUAAAUAACAGCAAAUAACAGGCAAUCGGGAAAACGUCACCGAAAAAUAAAACGAAACCAAUUGCAUUUGCUCUGUAGUCACUACAGAGUAAAUGAACAUUGUUUGCAUUGAUGCGUAUGCCGGUUAAUUGUCAUUUCAUAUCAUAUCGCUGCUGGCAGUUUGUUCGCAUUAUGACGCAUAAAAGCUUCAACGGCAGCAGUCACACGCCUAGCUACACAGACAAACACAUAUGUAUGUAAUGCACACAUACGAAAAUAAUGAGGAAAGAAACUGCGUUUUUCCGGUUUUCCCAGCCGCCUCAACCACAGUGAAGUGUAUACUUUAUUGCAUUGAUUUACUAAGCCCACCUUCACAGGCUCGUCCCGCAACCGCUGCCAACUGACGCUAGAAUAUGUAAUGUUUUAUUCGUUUAUAAUUUUAAUUAAAUUGUAUCAUUAUAUACAUAAAGAUACGUGCCCUUAAACGGAAUAUAAUUCGAUUGCGAAUUAUACGAGCGAAAGAGAACACGAAUCGUCGACUGGUCGAGCGACUGAGCGAGAGUGAAACCGGGGGCAGGAAAAACCACGACUUAACGUACUUCUGUAAACGUUUCAGUGUAUUCGAGAACGAGUGAGGAAUAAUAUUUUAUAUGAAAAAAAAAUUACCGGUGUUUAAGCAUUUGCACAAACAUAACGUUAAAACCCAGUCACAGCAAAUGUCAUCAAACACAUAAUUGCCUACCUAGUUAUAUCAAACUGUUUCGAGGUACGGAACACUUUUUACACGCCGAACAGAGCUAAGAAAGCAGAACUUUAUUUUAAACUUGAAACAAAAUACAAUUGUUUGCGAAGCAGCAAAAAAUCUGUGUAUAAAGAUCGAAUUUAUCUAGGGUCAAGCGAAAAAAAAGGAUAGCGAAAGCAACUAUAUAACUAAAAUGAUAUAGCUGUAUUUUAUCUCGAGAAAUUGUUUUAAACCCAACUCAACCACACAAAAACCUACGCCAUCUACACUAAAGAAAAUAUUGCAAACAUUGAAGAAGGAAAAAAAAACAAAAGAAACAUCGCUGUUUCUCUGUACAUGUGAAUCGUCGUGUGUGUGAUAAAAAAAAACCGCAAAACAAACCAUAUUUUACGCAAGAAAAAAACUAUCCAAAAACCGCGGAGUCCUGUGAGCUGGCAGCACUGCUGUCGCACAGCCUGCCCAGCCCAUGCGACCCGUGUCUGGCGCAGUUAGUAGUGAACCGAUACCGAUGAUGAUGAUAAUGUGUACCAGUUGCAGCAUUUUGUUUGCCCGCUACGAGGUUCUAUUUUUCUGUACAGUACCUAGUUGUUGGAUAUUACAAAUUGCAUGAAUCUCCCCUCUCUGUACAAACCGAACGGCUUACGUGCAAAUGCAUAUUUUAAACAGUGACAAACAUGCGCGCGAUUGUAAUGAUGAUUCAUUUUAGUUUUGGGGUCGAUGUAUUGUGAUGUUUUAUUUACAAAUUUUAAUGUAAUUCCUGCAAUCAUAGAGUUUCCAACCGAAUCGGGUUGCUUUACGUUAGUAACCAAAAUCCUUGCCAUGUGAUAGGGCAAAUCGUUUUCAGCGUGAAACCACGUGUUUGACUGAUAUAGUGAAAACUACCACCCUACUGGACACAACGCAAACUCACUCUCCCACGGAAAGUGUAACGUAUCGGUAACGGUAACGCGAAACGUACAAACGACCCAAAAUGGUUUGUGUCCUGGGAAGCGUUCGACCAGAUUCAACGCAGAGCAAAUGGUGGUGGUAUAAUUGUGCUCUUCUCACGCGCGAUUGCUUUGCUAGGCUACCAUGCGUCUCCUUUACCAACAACAGCAUGCGUUCGCGGUAGAAUUAAAACUACCGAAGCCUUUGGCAAGACUCAAUACGUUUAAUUAGAUUUACCUUACGAUAUUUAAUUUCAAUCCAAAAAGUAUUUUUAACAGUUUAUUUGUUGUUAUGUAUGUUUGUAUGAUCUCGCACAAAUUUAUGUUCGCAAUAUGCUAUAAUAUAAUGUGUCACUGUCACUCGAGAAGCAAAACAAGAAAGAAAGAAACGAUGAUAUUGUUUUGUGUACUCUUCCGCUAAAUUUAACUCAAUGUAUUAACAUUUAAAAUUAAAACUCCUCCCAAGAGCACAGGAACAAACAAUUGAUGUAGAUAAAUUUCUUGUUUUUAGAUAGGCAGCCUAUUCUAUCAUUUGCCAAGCCUUACCGGAUAAGAACAGCUACUAAACACAGCGAAAGCAAAUAGAAGAAAACACUGGCUUUUAAAGAACAAAAGAAACAAGGAUUAAACUUUGCAGUUAGGUGGGUGUGCGUCACUUUAUGUAAAUUGAGAAGCAGAAAGUGCUCUGUAGCUUUAAGAAUUCUUCAAUUCUGCAACUGAAUAUACUUGUCCAUAAAUGUACACCUGAUCCGUACCGAUGAUGGGGAAUCCUAUAGCAGAGUGUGGAACCGGAAUACCUUGAUGGACAGUAUAGAAUCACGGCGUUUAAUUAGGUCGAGAGAAAAAUAAGCAUUUGUAAAUAUACCGUUUAAGUUUAGGGCAAACCAGAAGACAGUUAAGCAGCUGCAGCAGCACGAAAGAUGCAGCAUCACUAAUUAUAAAAGCAAGAAGGUGCGGACGAGAAAAAAAAAACCAAGAAACUAGUCUGGAGCAAGAAAACGCUGCUAACCAACCAACCGCGCUAAAUGAGGAAAUUAUCUUACAUAUGCUGAGGCUACAACACUGUGGCAGAAAAAGUUAAUUAGCAUUGCAUCGCAGGAACGGAAGAACUAUCUCCUGCUGGCUGCUGUGCGAUUUGCGAACGCGCGCGCACGGUUCGCAGCAUUUUCUUACUCUAGGCCCGAGCGUGGAAACCGCGCGUGAACGUAUAACAUUGAAAAACUGUCCGUGAGGAAUGGAAAAGUUUUAACAGAUUAAGAAAAAUAUGUACGCUAUUAUAUGAAGAAACACACUGGAAGAAA